CACCGGCUGCCGCCGCCGCCGCCGCUCGGGGAUGGCCAGCCCGCUGCUCGCCGCGCCGCGCCGGGGCUACACGCGCUGCUAACGGAGCGCAGGGCAAAUGCCAUAGGAUGACCGCUGCUGGUCCCCUCUUACUGGCUGUGAUAUCGUCUGUCCUGUGGCUCACGCGGGGCUUCGACCCGGCUCCCAGUGCCUGCUCCGCCCUGGCCUCCGGCGUCCUCUACGGCUCCUUCUCCCUCAAGGACCUGUUCCCCACCAUCUCCUCCGGCUGCUCCUGGACCCUGGAGAACCCCGACCCCACCAAGUACUCGCUCUACCUCCGCUUCAACCGGGAGGAGCAGGUCUGCACCCACUUCUCGCCCAUGGUGCUGCCCCUCGACCACUACCUGGCCAACUACACCUGCGACCCCCGGGGCGAGGCCAGCCCCGUGCCCGUGCAGCCCCCGGAGCAGCAACAGGAGGAGGAGGAGGAUGAGGAAGCCGAGCUGGAGCUGUGUGAGGGCGCGGGGCCCUUCACCUUCCUGCACUUCGACAAGAACUUCGUCCAGCUGUGCCUGGCAGCCGAGCCCGAGGCGGCCCCGCGGCUGCUGGAGCCACAAGCGCUGGAAUUCCGCUUCGUGGAGGUGCUGCUCAUCAACAACAACAACUCCAGCCAGUUCACCUGCAGCGUGCUGUGCCGCUGGCUCGAGGAGUGCCUGCAGGCUCCCGGUGCUCGCCGCUGUGGCUUCACCCACGCCGGCUGCAGCUGCCAGGCCGAGAGCCCUCCAGCUCCCCGGCGCAAUGGCACCCGGCCCCCGGCCCCCGUGCCCACCCCGGUGCCCGCCGCCCCCGACUGCUGCCCCACCGAGCUGCAUUCUGCGAAUGCCGACGAGCUCGAGCUGCCCGAGGUGCCACACGGCAAUGCAGUUGAGGAGAACCAGAAGGUGAAGACCCAGUGGCCACGGUCAGCAGAUGAACCCGGGGUCUACAUGGCCCAGACAGGGGACCCUGCUGCGGAGGAGUGGUCGCAGUGGAGCGUGUGCUCCCUGACGUGCGGCCAGGGCUCCCAGGUGCGGACGCGCUCCUGUGUCUCCUCUCCCUACGGGACGCUGUGCAGCGGGCUGCUCCGGGAGACCCGCACCUGCAACAACACGGCCACCUGCCCAGUUCCCGGUGCGUGGGAGGAGUGGUCCCCAUGGAGCCUGUGCUCGGUGACCUGCGGGCGAGGGGCCAGGACCAGGACACGGCACUGCGUGGCCGCGCGGCACCGAGGGAAGGCCUGCGAGGGCCCCGAGCUGCAGGCCAAGCCCUGCAAUAUCGCGAUCUGCCCGGACAGCAAAUGGGGUCCCUGGAACCACUGGAGCCUCUGCUCCAAGACCUGCGACACCGGCUGGCAGCGGCGCUUCCGCAUGUGCGAGGGCACGGGCAUGCAGGGCUACCCCUGCGAGGGCACCGGCGAGGAGGUGAAGACCUGCAACGAGAAGAAGUGCCCAGCCUACCACGAGAUGUGCAAGGAUGAGUACGUGAUGCUGAUGACCUGGAAGAAAACGGCUGCCGGGGAGAUCAUCUACAACAAAUGUCCCCCCAAUGCCACAGGGACUGCCAGCCGCCGGUGCCUGCUGAGCCCCCAUGGGGUCGCCUAUUGGGGUGUGCCCAGCUUUGCCCGCUGCGUCUCCCACGAGUACAGAUACUUGCAUCUCUCACUGCGGGAGCACCUGGCGAAGGGCCAGCGGGUGCUGGCAGGGGAGGGAAUGUCGCAGGUGGUGCGGAGCCUGCUGGAGCUCAUGGCCCGCAAGACCUACUACAGCGGCGACCUGCUCUUCUCCGUGGACAUCCUGCGCAACGUCACCGACACCUUCAAGAGGGCCACCUACAUCCCGUCCUCCGAGGACGUGCAGCGCUUCUUCCAGGUGGUGAGCUACAUGGUGGAUGUGGAGAACCGAGAUAAGUGGGAGGAUGCCCAGCAGGUCUCUCCCGGCUCCGUGCACCUGAUGAAAGUGGUGGAGGACUUCAUCCACCUGGUCGGGAACGCGCUGAAGGCUUUCCAGAGCUCCCUCAUCGUCACUGACAACCUGGUGACCAGCAUCCAGCGGGAGCCCGUGUCCGCCGUGUCCAGCGACAUCAACUUCCCCAUGAAGGGGCGGCGGGGGAUGAAGGACUGGGCCCGCAGCUCUGAGGACAAGCUCUUCAUCCCCAGGGAGGUGCUGAGCCUCACCUCAGCCGAAGCCGAGGAGUCGUCGCACUUUGUCAUCGGGGCAGUGCUGUACCGCACGCUGGGGCUCAUCCUGCCCCCGCCCAGGAGCCCCCUGGCCGUCACCUCCAAGGUGCUGACGGUGACGGUGCGCCCGCCGACCCGGCCCGCGGAGCCACUCGUGCUGGUGGAGCUCUCCCACAUCAUCAACGGCACGUCCCACCCGCAGUGUGUCACCUGGGACUACUCGAGGACGGAUGCUGGCUUGGGAAACUGGGACACGGAGAGCUGCCAAACCCUGGAGACCCUCCCGGCACACACCAAAUGCCAGUGCCGCCAGCUCGCCACCUUCGCCGUGCUCGCCCAGCUGCCCAGAGACCUGGCCAUGGACCCCUCGGGGACACCAUCGGUGCCACUGAUGAUCGGCUGUGCCGUGUCCUGCAUGGCCCUGCUCACCCUGCUGGUGAUCUACGCGGCCUUCUGGAGGUUCAUCAAGUCGGAGCGCUCCAUCAUCCUGCUCAAUUUCUGCGUCUCCAUCCUGGCUUCCAACAUCCUCAUCCUCGUGGGCCAGUCCCAGAUGCUCAGCAAGGGUGUGUGCACCAUGACUGCCGCCUUCCUCCACUUCUUCUUCCUCUCGUCCUUCUGCUGGGUGCUGACCGAGGCCUGGCAAUCCUACCUGGCGGUGAUCGGCCGGAUCCGGACACGCCUGGUCAGGAAGCGCUUCCUGUGCUUGGGAUGGGGCUUGCCAGCCCUCGUGGUCGCCGUCUCCGUCGGCUUCACGCGGACCAAAGGCUACGGGACAGCGAGCUACUGCUGGCUCUCGCUGGAGGGCGGUUUGCUCUACGCCUUCGUGGGACCCGCUGCUGUCAUCGUGCUGGUGAACAUGCUGGUGGGCAUCAUCGUCUUCAACAAGCUCAUGUCCCGCGACGGCAUUUCAGAUAAGUCCAAAAAGCAGCGAGCUGGCUCCAAGCCCCCCCCGUGCGGCAGCCUGCUGCUGAAAUGCACCAAGUGCGGCGUGGUGUCCAGCGCGGCCAUGACCUCCGCCACCGCCAGCAGUGCCAUGGCAUCGCUGUGGAGCUCCUGCGUGGUCCUGCCUCUGCUGGCGCUGACCUGGAUGUCGGCCGUGCUCGCCAUGACCGACCGGCGCUCCAUCCUCUUCCAGGUCCUCUUCGCCGUCUUCAACUCCGUCCAGGGCUUCGUCAUCAUCACCGUGCACGGCUUCCUGCGCCGAGAGGUCCAGGACGUGGUGAAGUGUCAGAUGGGGGGGUGCAGGAGCGAGGAGAAUGAAAACUCGCCCGACUCCUGCAAGAACGGGCAGGUGCAGAUCCUGACAGAUUUUGAAAAGGACGUUGACCUGGCAUGUCAGACAGUGCUGUUCAAAGAGGUGAACACCUGCAACCCCGCCACCAUCACGGGCACCUUGUCCCGCAUCUCCCUGGAUGGGGACGAAGACCCCAAGCUCAACACUACCUCGGAAGGUGGCCUGGGCUUCUCCAGCCUGCCGGGGAACAUCCCCCCCGCCAGCAUCCUGGUGCAGGUGCCCAAGAUGACGCCCAACGUGGUGGCUGGUCUGACGGAGCUGGGCGAGCCGCCGGCGCAGCAGCUCAGCCUGGAGACGCCGGGUCCCGUUUAUCUGUGCACGGAGAGCAGCCUGCGGCCCCUGGAAUACGGCUGGAUCCGGGCCCCCGAGCCCCCCCGCGAGAGCGAUUACAUGAUGCUGCCCCGCCGCACCGGCAGCCUCAAGCCCUUCCCCCGGGACGAGGGGACGCUCGGUGCCGGCGCAGAGGAGACGGUGCCCGGUGGGACGGGGCGCCCGGCAGCCGAAGGGGACGCUUACCCCGGUUUUGUGGCCGUGGAUCACGUCAACGUGAACCUGAACCAGCCCUACGCGACGGUGAAGGCUCCCUACGGCCUCCAGUUCAAGCAGCACCCCACGGUGAGGCAGAUCCUGGCCUCGGAGCUGUCGGAGCGCAGCCGCACCAUGCCCCGAACCGUGCCCGGCUCUGCCAUGAAAGUGGGGUCCCUGGAGAGGAAGAGGUUGCGGUACUCUGACCUGGACUUCGAGAAGGUGAUGCACACACGGAAACGCCACUCUGAGCUCUACCACGAGCUCAACCAGAAAUUCCACACGCUGGACCGGUACCGGGCUUCAUCCACCGGCUCCUCCAAGCGAGAAAAGCGGUGGAGCGUCUCGUCGGGCGGCGGGGACAAGAGCACAGGCAAUGAUGUGACCAGCCCCGAGGAGCAGCGGCCGAAGGCUCCGGCCGCGCCGCCCAAGCCGUGGAGCACAUUCAAGGCGAUGACGCUGGGCUCGCUGCCCAGUGCCCAGCGGGACCGGCUGGAGCUGUGCCGGGCAGACUGGGACAGCCCCUGCGCCGGCCUGGACGCGGCUGACGGCGACUUCCAGACAGAGGUGUGAGCCCUGCGCCCAUCGCCGCCGCCUCCGCCCCGUGCGCGGCCCCGCGAGCCGAUGCGCUGGGUUUGCUCCGCGCUCUGGGGCAGCCGGGGGGUCCCUGCCUGGCCGGAGCCGUUUCCCCCCCCCCGGGAGAACCGCCUCCCACUCGUCCUCACGCGGUUCCUCCUCCUGCCACCCCCCGGACGCGGGUGUGGAGGGGACCCGUGCCCUCUUCCCCCAAAAUGCUCCCCCACGCUCACGCCUGCACCCCCACCCUGGGGCAGGAC